UCCUUAAGGAAUUCUGAUGAUUUAAAAAGAAAAUUUUUUAAAAAACCAAGCAAAGGGCGAGGAUGGAAAAGGAGAGCAAGGCAUCUACCCACUAUGGAUCUCUGGAGUCAACCAAAUGGAGAGCAGCCGAUGCAGGCAAAGAGGAUGAAAUAGUGUCCAUGGCCGACUCCACAACUACCAUUGAUGACAUCGAAGGGGAGCUCUUCAAAAUCGAGAGGAUCCGUGAAGUCCUGGUGCGGAGGGAGUCAGAGCUCAGAUACAUGAUGGAUGACAUCCAGCUUUGUAAUGAAAUCAGCAGAUUGAAAAAGGAGUUGCAGAAGCUGAUUGCACUACCAGAGAAUAAAAAAUCUAAAGAAGACAAGCAGCAGGAGGAAGAACUUGUGCAGCAGAUUCACAAACUCGUGGAGACUCGGGAUUUCCUGGUGGAUGAUGUGGAGUUUGAAAGGCUCAGAGAACGAGAAGAAGACAAGGAAAUGGCUGAGUUUUUGAAGAACAAUAUUUCUAAAACCUGCCUUUUGAAAACAACUCCAGUAAAAGAAAAGAAGAUGACAUCAACAGGACAGCAAACCUCUACACCGUUUGUAACAAAGACAGGCCUCACCCUCCUGAAAGAGUGCUGUGGCUUCACCUGCUCAGUCAUGUAGGAUGGGGCUGUUGUUUAUAUCCUCCCCUCUCCCCAAACACAAACUACAUUAAUGGGUAAGCCCUACCCAUUUACCCUGGUCAACUGGAUCCAUUCAAAUCAUAGCAGAUACACAAACUCAUGGAACAGAGAAAAGGGAUUAUUUUGCAGAUGAUGUGGAAAUGGAAAGCACAUGUGGAAACCACCAGGUGCCCAAAGGCAGGGUCGGCGUCCACCCACUUGCCUGUCAAAAUCAGCCUACGCACUCCAGAUCACUGUGGUAUUGCAAGCAGAGACCAGAUGCAGUGCAAAAAGGGAGAGCCAAACCAUGGACAAAGAUUUCAGGCUGCUGCCUUUCCUACCCUUUAAUACAGAAGGGACGACAAUGGGAACCCCCAGUUAGGAUACUGUUUCCAGAUGGGCUACAAGUUGCUAAAGCAGAGUAGAUUUCAUGGAGUGGGAGUAAAAUAUUAUUGCCAUAGAUGUGACAAGCACACACAAACAUACACCUACAUGCAUAAACACUGCAGAAGGACUGAGCCCGUCACUCUGUUUCCUGACCAUCUAAAAACAGGGAGAAUCAGCAGAACUACCCACCCCUGCCUCUCAUAAUGCUCCUCUUGCUCCUCUUCAUUCCUUCUUGGAUUAGCAAGUUACAUCGAAACUGCCAUGAAGUUACCUAGCAACUGCGGGGCACAGAGCCUUUUGCUGUUUCCUAUCCUCUCUGCGGCCACUUCCAUGCACAGAAUGACGGCAAUCUGCUUAUGUGCCAGCACUUAUUGUUAACUCACCACCCAGAA